UGCUGAGCUGCAUCCCAACAGCAAGGCUCUAAUGUUUUGACAAGUGUUUCUUCUGUGUUGGAAUUUUGUUUCUAUUAUUAACUAAAAUGAGAAUUUGUCAUGUUGCUAAGUGUGGACGUAAGAUCAGUACGUGAUGGUGUCAAAUUGUAUUCUUUGCCACAAAACAGUGUUCUUCGUCAGCUUUGGCUUGACAAGAUUAAACGUAGAGAAGCUAAUCGUCAUACCAAAAUCAACAAUAUCUGGGUAUGCUCAAAGCAUUUCUAUGGAGGGAAACCUGCAAAAGAUAUCUACCCGAGGCAUCCAGAUUUUGUGCCAUCAUUGUUGUUAGGGGAUGAGCCACUAGAAUUAAUAGACUCACCUCUCCUUUCUGAAAUUCAUGAUCAUUCUUUGCCGAUUGAUGAGCUUGAUCAACACAACAUUCCAAGUAAUUGCGAAGAGAGUUUACACACAACCAUUGAAUGUGAACUUCCCAGCGAAGAUAACCCAUCUGAGGCUACAUUACAUCUAGAUUCAUUAUGCCAUGAAAGUACUUCACAGAGUGCAUUAUGACAAAGGAACGAGAUUGACUGUAUACCAAUCCCUGCUGUGGAGUGCUUAACAACAUCACAAGUUAGCAAUUCAACAACUAACCUGGACGAUAAUCUCGAAGGAGAAUUACAGCGUCUACGAUUGAUCGAGCAAGUGUCUCAGUUAACGAAGCAAGUUGCAUUGCUUCAGUUUAA